AUGGAGUGUCAUUAUAGCAAUAACGACAAAGCUACCGCAUCCGGGGGAGCCGAUGCGCCAAUACCGAGGAGCCAGGGUAUUGGUGGAAAGACAUUGACUGGCCAAAAAAAGGAAAUCCCACGACUCCUUACACCUAAGUCGAAACUGCGACUUGGAUCGUGGAACGUGCGGACCGCCUUUCACUGCGGUCAGAAAGAAAUCAUCGCAAGGGAGUUGAGCAAGUGCCGGGUUACUGUUGCAGCUUUAUCCGAACUGAGGAUCAGCGGCUGUGGAACGACAAGAGUGCAGGUUCCUGCUACGGACGAUUGGAUGACACUGUACUACUCUGGCGGUCAAGAACAUCGUGAUGGUGUUGGGUUCAUGCUCAAUAGCCACGCAUCAAAAUGCGUCGUGUCGUUUCAACCCAUCUCGCCGAGAAUAGCAGUGAUCACUUUGGGCGGAACCGUCAAGUCGCACAUAGUGAGCGUAUACGCUCCGACGGAACCGAGCGACGACGGUAUGAAGGACGAAUUCUAUAUGCAGCUCCAAGACGUGCUGGACAGCAUUCCCAGAAGAGAUCUCGUUAUCGUCACAGGCGAUCUGAACGCUAGAACUGGCGCCGACAGAACCGGAUGGGAACCUGUGAUGGGCCGAUUUGGCGUAGGAGAAAUGAACAACAAUGGUUUGCGGCUGCUUUCGUUUGCCACGUUCAAUGAUCUGGUCAUCGGCAAUAGCCUAUACCAGCAUGCACGAAAGCAUCAGCUGACAUGGAGAAAUCCAUCUGGUCACGAUUCAGCAGUCCUGGACUAUGUACUAAUCAAUUCUCGAUACAGGUCAUCGCUAAAGGAUGUGCGUGCAAUGAGAGGCCCGGAUUGCGGAUCAGAUCACUACCUACUACGAGCAGUCGUGCAGCUCCGCCUACAGUGUGCUAAGCGAGGUAAACGCCAACCGAAAGUAGACUGGGAGCAACUUAUGAAGCUGGAGGUGAAGCAAGGCUUCCAAAUUGCACUGUCAAAUCAGUUUGCUGCGUUCACGGAAGUGGGAACGGUGGACGAGGAAGAACGGCAGACUGCAAAAGUCAUUACCGAAUGUGCUACACAACUGUGCCCAGUUUUGCGCCGACGGACUAAACCAUGGAUCUCGGACGAAACAUUGCAGUUGGUUGACAAAAGGAGGAAGGUGAAGCUGACGAAUGGCACUACGUAUCAGCUACUCAGUAAGGAGCUCCGCAAGAGACUAAAAACAGAAAGGGAGGCCUACUGGAACGCAGUAGCGGAGGAGCUCGAAGAAUCGGCAUCCAAACACGAGUAUCGCAUGCCGUAUCAAAUUCUGAGAAGACUGUGCGGCAAAACCAGAGCAUGCGGAACCUUCAUCAAAGACGCAAGUGGCAAACUCGUGAAGUCAGAGAGGGAACGCUUACAGAGAUGGAGAGAGUUCUUCAUAGAGCUGUACAGCCACGAACUGCCCACAGAACCGUUUCCAGAGCCAGUACCGAUAGAGAUGCCACAGGAACCAACACACGAGGCGGCGCCAAGUAUGGAGGAAGUGAGGGCGGCGGUGAUGUCGCUGAAGAACAGGAAAGCGGCUGGUGUAGACAAUGUCACAGCAGAAGCGAUUAAGGCAGGAGGAGAAGUAUUGGUACAACGGCUCCACCGUCUUAUGUGUCGCGUCUGGCAGACGGAGGUUGUUCCUACGACGUGGAAACGCUCCAUCAUCGUGCCAAUACACAAGAAAGGCGACAUAACGGAAUGCAAGAACUAUCGCGGCAUAUCACUCCUGUCAGUCGUCGGGAAGGUUUUCACAAAGAUCAUCAACGCAAGACUUCAGCUUCAUCGAAGAAGCUUAUGCCGACCGGAGCAAGCGGGUUUUUGCCCUGGCCGUGGGUGCAGUGACCAGAUCUUCGCGCUGAGGCAACUACUGGAAGAACGUAUUCGUUGCGGCAAAAGGGUUGUGGUUGUUUUCAUAGAUUUCAGAGCUGCAUUCGAUAGCGUCCACUGGCCAGCGCUAUGGAAAGCCCUAGAGUGUGAACAUGUUCCGGACAAAAUUGUGAGGCUGUUGCGGGAGGCGUACAAUGGAACUGUCAGCUGUAUCCGCGUCAAGGAUGACGUCUCUGAAGAAUUUCCUGUAAGUGCUGGUGUUCGUCAGGGUGACGUGAUCUCCCCUACGUUGUUCAACGUGGUAAUGGACGCUGUCAUGAGGAAAACUUUCAACGGAAGGCAAGGCGUGCAGUACGGUGAAGGCGGCUUUCUCACUGACCUGAUGUUUGCCGACGACAGCGCAAUUUUCGCCGAAACUGACGAGGAAGCGACUAACAUCAUGUGCUCACUGUCAGAGAUUGCCCAGUCGUAUGGCCUCAAAAUAAACGCGGAAAAGACCAAGGUGAUGACCUCGGAUGGAUCGCCCGCGUCCGUGCGACUGGGUAGCGUCGCCUUGGAGCAAGUGAGUAAUUUCAAGUACCUUGGAUCGGUCGUUCAAGAAAGGAAAGUGGUUGCCGAGGCUGAGGUCCGCAGCAGGAUUGGUCAUGCGUCUAAGACAUUUGCAGCGUUAAAGUGGUGUCUCUGGAAGAAGAGUAACAUAUCACUGAAAACCAAAAUUCGCAUGUUCCGGACGCUGGUGCUCCCUGUGCUACUAUAUGGGUCUGAGACAUGGACGUUGCUCAAGUCGGAUCUCUCUCAUCUCGAGGUGUUUCAAAUGCGUUGUCUCCGCCAUAUGCUCGGGAUCAGGCUUCGUGACCAUGUCACGAACAACGCCAUCAGGGAGAAGUUUGAAGAUCAACCCACAAUCGAGGAACAAUUGAAACUGCGACGGCUACGAUGGUUCGGUCACCUGUGCAGGAUGGGUCACGACAGAAUACCUAAUAUGCUCCUGUGGAGAAGACGCCCUGCGCAGUGGAAAGUUCAGAGGACGGCUCCAAAAAAGACUUGGUUGAAGCAAGUUGAGGAAGACCUUAGGGCUCUGAGGUGCAGUGUUGAGCAUGCUAGAUGUAUUGCUGCUAAUCGACCAGAAUGGAGACACUUCAUUCAGGGCGUUCGUACUCCAAUGGCACCCACAGCAGUGUACUGGUUGAGAGGCCGGCCCCCACCACCAGACGCAAGCUAA